GACCUAAACACCCUUCUCGCACGACUUGAUAAAGCCGCCGAAUCUCCACACCUCAACACAAAAACGCGUCCAUUUCUAGAAUCCAUCCUCUGUAAACCUGUCAAUGAAGCAGGUAACUUCCGUCAAAACGCUCUGGAUUCGCCUGAUUGUAGAAAAUGGUUCUGGAAUGGCUGGCAAAACGAAGAAUCAGCAGCUUGUCAAAUACUUUACAAAAUCGCAGAUGACUUGCACGUGUUCGAGUUCAACAUCGAGAGUGCGGGAGGAUCAAGUGCUGGAGACAAAAGUGCCAACGACAUCAACAAACAGUUAACAUUGGAGCGAAACAAUCUUAUCCGAUACAUCAAAGACCCAAGCAGUCUGCAGAACUUUAAUGAGGAGACAUCUAGAAAAUCUAUUGCGGAGCUUCAGGUAGCAGAAGAUUUUGGAAUUGCAAAAUUCACGAACAUGGACCUGAACAAGAGAAAAGUGCUUGUAAAAAGCAUAGCCACUGCUCUCAGAUCUCGGCUAGAGUACGAGCCCCAUUCUGUACUUUACGCUGCUGGAGGUUUUUCGCCCUCUAGCAUUAUAAACUAUAAUGCGGCAGAAAAGGGUACCCGCAGCACAUUGUCUACAUUUUUUGGUUAUUCCCCCAAUUCUAUAGAAGAAGAACUUCAGCAGCUAUCUAUGCAGCUCAGGAGACGCAUGCCAGAAGCAGUGAGAGCUGAGUUCAAAAAGAGUGAAGCAAAAAUGCAAUAUUUUCUUCCUGUGCUGCGGAAGCACAUGAGAUAUGGCUCAUUUUCUAUCACUUAUCGCAGAAAUUUGAUGGAGCUGUUAGCAAAAUUGGUUUCGAUUCCAACCAGCACAGCGGAAGUGGAAAGAGGUUUCUCCAUUUAUUCAGUAAUCCGAUCACAGCGCAGAAGCCGCACGACGGUGGACCACCUCAGCAACUAUCUGAGAAUUGCUAUCAGCGGCCCGGAUAAAUUGUCGCCAUACGAUUUUUUGCAGUACCCCAAAAAAUGGCAUGAAGACACUGGUCAUCAACCAGCCGAUUUUCCUGGUGCCACCAGAGGACCAGGGAAAAAAUCGUUAAAGAGAAUUGAAGAAGAAGAAAAUUUUAAAUCAAUUUUUGAUCCAGAUAAAUUCCUAACGCAAUUUUAUUUUUAUUCUGAUAAUGUUCUCGCGGAAGAAGAUUUUUCAGAGAACGAACAUCUUUCUGACAGCGAUGGUAGUGACAGUAUUAUUAACGACGAU